AUCCCCUUGCAAUUGAAAAACACGGCGCCAGGAACACCAAUCAAGCCAGGCACGGAGCUCCGAAUUCUUGCGGUGGGAGACUCAAUAACCUAUGGGUUCCUGAGUGACCAAGAUGACGGUGAUGGAAAUGGAUACAGACUGCGGCUCCGGCAGUAUCUUUCGAAAGACAAGGUUGUAUACGCAGGAACAGAGACAUCGCCAACGGGUAACAUGACGGAUGGCUAUUUUGCUGCUUGGAACGGUAAAACAAUCCAGUACAUCGCAGACCACGUUGGUCCGUCGCUUGAGCAACGACCAAACAUCAUCCUGCUUCACGCUGGAACAAACGAUAUGAACCCCAACAGUGCCAUUUCCACAGAAGGUCACGACCCUGUAGCCGCAUCUGAGCGGCUCGGGAGCUUGAUUGACAAGAUGACUGUGGCGUGUCCCGACGCCGUUAUCCUCGUCGCCAUGAUCAUCGGAACCUGCAACGCCGAGCAAUCUCCGCAGACCAAGGUGUUCCAGUCGCUAGUCCCCAAAGUGGUGACGCCCAGGCUUCAAGCCGGCAAACAUGUCCUGGCGGUGGACUUUUCGACGUUUGGGCUCGGCAACCUGAGGGACUGCAUACACCCGACGAACCAAGGAUAUCAACUGGUUGGGUACUACUGGUAUGACUUUAUCGCGCAGAUUCCGCGGGACUGGAUCACGGCGCCGGUAGGGAAAGAUCCUGA